AUGAGUGCUGAAGAAGGUGAUAAAAAGCUGAGUAAGAAGUAAGUAGCAAUCAUCCAUUAUGAUUCCGAUUACACGCGGCUUUUUAUGUAGAGUUUCAUGUCGGAGGCUGAUUUUAAAUUCUAAUUAUAGGUUAGUGUUAAUCUGUCAUAAUAUAGGUUAGUGUUCUUUCUGUUAGUAAUACGUUAACAAUUCAUAUAGAAAAGUGAUGCAAUACUUUCUUUACAUUUGUUUAUUUCAGUGAGCAGAAGAGGCUAGCCAAGCAAGCUCAAAAGGCAAAGGAAAAGGCCGAAAAAGAUGCGGCUAAAGCUGCCAAUCCAGUCCAGGCUAAGAAGAACGAUAAGGCCAAGGAUGCGGAUCCUUCUGACCCUCAAGAAUACUUCAACAUGAGAGUGAGAAUGAUUAACGAAAGACGUGAAGCUGGAGAAGAACCCUUUCCGCACAAGUUCAACGUUUCCAUCUCUUUGAAGGAGUUCACGCAGAAGUAUGCCCAUUUGGAGAACAACCAGGUGCUCGAGGACACCAAGGUUAGCAUUGCUGGUAGGUUUUUUUUAUUUAUUAUUUUAAUUUUAGGUUUGUUUGAUAAGAUAUCUGGUAACUUAAGAAAUUGGAUAAUAGUUUAACAAUUAUAGGCCGUAUCUUUUCUAAAAGAGAAGCUGGUGCUAAACUGAUCUUCUACGAUCUUCACGGAGAAUGCACUAGACUUCAAGUGAUGGCCAACGCCAAAUACCACAAAGAUGGAGAAGAUGCUUUUGCUAAGAUUCACGAUCGUGUUAAGAGAGGAGAUAUUGUUGGAUUCAUUGGCCAUCCGACGAGAUCUGCUAGAGGAGAGUUGAGUUUGGUGCCUACGGAAGUUGUUCAGCUGACACCAUGUCUUCAUAUGCUUCCUCAUACCCACUUUGGUCUUAAGAAUCAGGAAACUAGGUAAGAACCAUUAAAAGUUAUUUUUCAUUAGUUAAAAAAUGUAAAUUUUAGUUACCUUUGCUUAUUUUGAGCAAUAAGUUUUUAGAUAAUAAUGUUUUGUAUCAUUUCUAGGUAUCGUAUGCGUUAUCUUGACUUGAUCAUGAAUCCAGAUGUGCGAAAUAAGUUUAUUAUCCGUGCCAAGAUAAUUUCUUUUAUUAGAAAGUACUUGGACAACCUCGGGUUCUUAGAAGUGGAAACUCCAAUUAUGAAUCAAAUCGCUGGUGGUGCCACUGCCAAGCCUUUUGUGACACAUCACAAUGAUUUGAACAUGGACUUGUUUUUGCGUGUAGCUCCAGAGUUGUACCACAAGGUGUGUUGCUUUUUUUCUGAUUAUUUAUUCUACAAAUACAAUUAAGUAUUGUCGUGUUGUUGUUAUUUUGAUAAGAUACUGAGUUUUACUUACGGAAACUAAAAUAAUAUUUUAGAUGUUGGUAGUCGGAGGAUUGGAUCGUGUAUACGAAAUCGGACGUUUGUUCAGAAACGAAGGUAUUGACAUGACACACAAUCCUGAGUUUACAUCAUGCGAGUUCUACAUGGCUUACGCCGAUUACGAGGAUUUGAUCAAGCUGACUGAGGAUUUGGUGUCUCGUGAGUUUUUGGAAAUUGUAUAUAUUAUCCUUUACGAAACAGUUACUAAUACAAAUUUACAAUACGAAUAAAAGCUGUAUGGUUACAUAUAAAAGUUGUGUGUACAAUUAUGGUCGCAAGUUUUAGAAAUGGUGUACACGAUUCACGGAACAUACAAGAUUCCAUAUCAUCCAAACGGACCUUCGACUGAGCCAGUUCUCGAAGUUGACUUCACACCUCCAUUCAAACGGGUUCACAUCUACGAUGAUCUGGAAGCCAAAUUGGGUGUCAAACUGCCACCUCCAGAUACUCUGCACACUGAAGGUAAGAUUUGUAACAGUAGAUGUAUCCAUUAAAUACAGUUUUUUAUUGAAAAGUUCUUGGUCAGAAUAUUUUUUCUAUGCUUAUCGUAAUAAAUAAUUUUUCUAAAAAAUUUUAGAAGCCAGACAGAAGCUUUCUGAGAUUGCCAGAUCUAAAAACGUUGACUGUCCUGAACCAAGAACUGCGUCUAGACUUCUGGACAAGAUGGUUGGUGAGUUCUUGGAGAACACCUUCUUGAACCCCACCUUCUUGGUCGGUCACCCUCAAGUCAUGUCUCCAUUGGCUAAGUGGCAUCGUAGUCGCAAAGGGUUGACAGAACGAUUCGAAUUGUUUGCUGUCUACAAGGAGAUUGCCAACGCCUACACUGAGUUGAACGAUGCUAUUACCCAGAAGGAACGCUUUGAGCAACAAGCUAAAGACAAGGACGCUGGAGAUGACGAGGCUCAAUUGAUCGAUGACAACUUUGUCACUGCCCUGCAAUACGGUCUUCCACCAACUGCUGGCUGGGGAAUGGGAAUCGACCGACUAACUAUGCUUUUGACCGACAGCAACAAUAUUAAGGUAUGUUCAAAGUGAAUGUGUGUUUUCUUUAGUUGCAUAAUGUCUUGUGUAGAAAGUGUAAUCUUUGAUUUUUGGACAAAAUUGUUUUUUAAACUUUUAAGAGUCAUUUCUUUAAUUUCAAUGUUGUCAUUUUAAUUAAUAUUUUAAUGACAAUAUCAGAACUUGUCAAUAAAAACUUUUAAUGGCUGUUUUGACUUCCGUUCAGGAGUUUUUUUGGGCAAAAGACGUGUUUGAUGACUUAAUUAAACACAACUUGUUUGCAUAUAUUUAGUGAUUAUUGUUUACAGGAGGUACUUUUGUUCCCAGCUAUGCGCCCAGAAGAGCAAAAAACGACGCCUCAGAGUUUGGCCGAGGAAGAACAGCUCCAAGCUUAA